CUUCUUUCAGCAGCAGCAACAGUUCGUCAGACACCUCGGUAGCUUGCUAGACAAAAUAGACGAACCAAUAAAGGUCUUUAGACGUAUUCGUAAUUAUUAGCCACUGUGUUUUAAACCCUCUUCUGUCGUCUAGUUAGUUAUCCGUUUUAAUUUCAUAUUUACAGUGUUGUUAUUAUUCCGUUAGCGGGCUGGUUAAGUUAGCAUUAGCCUAGCUAGCUAACAUCCCCGACCAUGCGGUCACUAAGCUACUCCCCUGCUAUAGAAGAAGCGGGUAUCACAGUAAAACAAGAAGUAGAGGAUGAGGCCGUUACUGUGAAAGAAGGGGAAGAAGCGUUCAGAGUGAAAGAGGAGGAGGAUGUUACAGUAAAAGGAGAGGAGGAUGCAGUUUAUGGAGUGAAAGAGGAGGAGGAAGAGAUGACUGUUACAUUGAAAACGGAGGAGGAAGAAGAGGAGGAAACUGGAUAUCUGGUCCCGGUUUCCCAAACGCAUCUUAAGGUGUCCGAUGGUUCUAACGGUGAACUUAGCCAUAAGAUGGUUUUGAGAAACCGUUCCCUGAUUAACACUCGAGAGAGACGGGACUAUCGUGGAUCCUCUGGGGAGCCUCAACAGCCCCAUGAUGCUGACAGGGCAGAGAAGAGUCUCUCCACAUCAGAACUCCUCAAGAAACACCAGCAGAGAUCGACAGGAAAGAAACCUCACCGCUGCUCUGACUGUGGGAAGAGAUUCACCUCCUCAUCAGGCAUUAAAAUUCAUCAGAGAUUCCACACAGGAGAGAAACCUUAUUGCUGUGGUCAAUGUGGGAAGAGAUUUACCUCCUCAUCAUGCAUUAAAAUUCAUCAGAGAAUUCACACAAGAGAGAAACCAAAUGGCUGUGCUCAAUGUGGGAAGAGUUUUGUUAAUUCUUGCAAUCUGACUGCACACCAAAGAACACACACAGGAGAGAAACCAUAUGGCUGUGCUCAAUGUGGGAAGAGUUAUUUUACAUCUAGCCAUCUGACUGCACACCAUAGAAUACACACAGGAGAGAAACCAUAUAGCUGUGAUCAAUGUGGGAAGAGUUUUGUUAAUUCUUGCAAUCUGACUGCACACCAAAGAACACACACAGGAGAGAAACCUUAUAGCUGUGGUCAAUGUGGGAAGAGUUUUACUACAUCUGGCUCUCUGACAGUACACCAGAGAACACACACAGGAGAGAAACCAUAUAGCUGUGAUCAAUGUGGGAGGAGUUUUAGUACUUCUAACUAUCUGACAGUACACCAGAGAACACACACAGGAGAGAAUCCGUUAUGUGAUCAAUGUGGGAAGAGUUUUACUACUUCUGGCUAUCUAACUAUACACCUUAGAACACACACAGGAGAGAAAUCUUAUAGCUGUGAUCGAUGUGGGAAGAGUUUUACUCAGCCAAACAGCCUGAAUAUACACAAGCGGACACACACAGGGGAAGGGAUACUUCCCUUCCCCUGUGUCUCAGAUCUCUGAUUAAACAUAAAAUACAUCAAGGAGUUGUUUCAUGAUAUCAUUGAAAUAAUGUCACAAUGUAGAAUGUUUUAACAUUGUAGUAGGAGUAUUUUAAUGAUGUCACAAUGUAGAAUGUUUUAACAUUGUAGUAGGAGUAUAUUAAUGAUGUCACAAUGUAGAAUGUUUUAACAUUGUAGUAGGAGUAUUUAAAUGAUGUCACAAUGUAGAACCCUAAAUGUUUGUCCCCUGUUCUAUUGAUUUCAACAUGAUAUGGAUAUUAGCCUCAGGGGGGAAAUCCAGGCUCUGAAUUGGAAGAGUAUUAUUUAUGAGAUUUAACAAAAAGUUACUAACACAAAUAGAGCUGUGUUACACUUACCACGUUGGUGACCCACUGGAAUCAAAAUGCAACACUUCAAAAUGUAGCUAGCUGUUUUCUACAAGUUGUCCUCUAAUCAGGGAUGUACACAUUAUUCCCAUAUUCUGUGUGGUUUUUGAGCUGUUAGUUUUAACAGGACGCGAAACCUCAUCUCCCUUCUGUCACACAAUUAAUUUUGACAUGAUAUCGAUGAGUGAUGACAAAUAAGGGUUGUGUUCGUUUGUUUAGCGACCCCUACAUUUAAAUUCAUCACUCCAAAAUGUAGCUGACUGUCUUCUGCGGGUUGUCAUCUAACCAGUGAGGUUAAAGAUAUUUCCCAUUUCCAUGUGUUUUUUUAGUUGUUAGUUUCAACAGCACAUACAACCUGAUUUCCCCCCUAAUCGAUAUCAGUGAUUUAUUGCUACUUGUCAAAACAACAGUGUUUCUGGUGCUUGUGCAGUUUAUAAGGUGCUUGUUUUAAAAAAUAUUAUUAUUGUGGCAGAUGUUUGUGUAAAUAGCACAUGUUAGGUUUUCAAUUUAUCCCAAACUGUUUCUGCAUAUUGGUUAUUGAUUUGGACAUGUUAAAACUGUGUUUUGACAUUGGGGCUAUCCUACCAAGCAACUAUGCAACCAAAUAUUUCAUAUUUACAUUUCAUGUAACAUUUGGUAAUGAUAAUUAUUUAUGCAACCAACUGAUAAUUAUAUUGACAUUGUUGCCCUGCUUUUAGAAUAUCAAGGUUAAUUCUCAGAUGUGCCAACCCAAAUGUACUAGAGCAUGACAUUGGGGACUGGGACCCGAUCCAACAACAUGCCUAUCUAGUGAACUCUGAAAAGAGAGAGAAGCUCAGCAGUGAGGUGGAAAGUUACUACGGAUAUUGCAGGAGUUUCCUCUUGAAAUCAGACAUGUCUGUGGUGAGAACAACCUGGUUGCUGAUUGUCUCAAGGGGGGCAGUCAAAAUGUUUUGUGUUUUGCAUUUAGCCAGUGCAUUGCCAUGGAUCACAGUUUAUUUUUACUGCACGUUUUUCCGUAUUGGAGAUGAGUUUUGUUUGGGCUCGUUCCAAGGGGACGGGAGUUCUAGAAGCGAAUGAGUUUUAGGAAGACGAGAGUUCUAGAAGCUAUAGAAAGAAAAAUCUUUGUGGGAAUAAUAAAAAAUAAAUAUUGUUUGUAAUUGUUGUUUGCCAGUAGACAGACACCAUGUUUAUAUUGGUGAAGGUGAAGCAUUGUAGUUGAUUGUAAUGUGAAAUGGAAGUUGUUUUCUGUUGUUGGUGAGCAAACUCUUAAGGUGUUAGUUAGUCUUUGGUUUUUCCAUUUAUGUUUUGAGGUUGGACUUUAGCACGUCUAGCUCGUUAGCACGUCUUGCUCGUCAGCACGUAGGACGCACUGAUUGGUGUCACCUCGUUGGUCAGUAUGUGUUACACCUGUGCUGGCUUGUCCAUCUCGUUAGUGGGAAGGUGUUUCACCUGAGCUGGUCCAGGUUCUAUUUAAGAGUGUCUGGCCCAGUGCUCCAGUUGUCUUGAUAGAUGUGGAGAGUCAACACCUGUAGUUGCUCCACCUUUUUGGUUUGCUUCCUGUCUUUAAGUUAGUUGUGGAUUUUUCUUUUGUUUGCCUCUUCUUGGGCAGAUUUAGUGGGUCUCAUGGUGAGUGUCUUUUAGGUCCCAGUUGUUGUUACUAGUCAACUUCUAGUGGGCACCCCCAUAGUGUCUUUCAGAACCCCUCUUAAAACCUGUUUAGUUGUUGUCAGUGACUCUGUUAGUUCUAAAAAACAAGCUUAUAUUUUGGGUUGGGUUGGAUAUAGCAUCAUAUUCUUAAUAUUUUAAUCAAUGGCAUUUCCUUUCUUUCUUGCUCAUUAGUCUUUCAGUUGUUUUUCUUCAGUUUUUUUAUCCUCUUAUGUUCGUUGUGUAACCGAUGUGAAAUGGCUGGCUAGUUAGCAGUGGUGCGCGCUAAUAGCAUUUCAAUUGGUGACGUCACUCGCUUUGAGACCUUGAAGUAGUGGUUCCCCUUGCUCUGCAAGGGCCGCAGGUUUUGUGGAGCAAUGGAUAACGAUGCUUCAUGAGUGACUGUUGUGUGCAGAGGGUCCCUGGUUCGCCCCCGGGGCGAGGGGACGGACUAAAGUUAUACUGUUACAUGUACUAAAUAUAUCUGUUUAAUUUUUUCUGUUUAAUUUUCAUCGUUUUUACCUGUGAAACCAUUGUGUUGCAUCCAUGUCUGACAUGUGCUAUAUAAAUAAAGCUUGAUUUGAUUUGAAAA